AAAAGCAGCCCUUACACGUGACAAUAUUAUUGUCAAUCCAAAGUAUUGUCAAUACCGUCAAUCCAAUUGACUUGGUAACUGGAGUCCGCAUUUUUCGAGAAAAUCAAGCGUUUGGAGCUUCAAAUAUUGCAAAUGAAUAUUAAAAUAUAGAGAUAAGAGAUUAUUGCACAUAUUUAACAGUUUCUCUCUGGAGAGAAAGUAUUGUUGGAUUGAUGAGCAGUUUUGAUUUUUUUGACAAUAUUUUCGUCAAUCCAAUGAAGUUUCCAUUACACGAUCAAAAGUAUUGUCAAUACUCCUUGUAUUGACAAUAAUAUUGUCUCGUGUAAGGGCAGCUAAACAGUUUGUACUGACAGUUACAGGCUCUCAUUCAGUUGUGCUGUUGAAAGUAUUGCUUGUUUUAUUAAUUCGGUUGCAGUAUUUGAACCUAUAGUUUUAUACACUUUUGUCUUUAUUAUGAAAUGGAGGAAUCAGUAAAGAAUCUCGACAUUUUAAAACGGGUUAGUGGCGUAGAAGUUAGCCGUCUGUGGCUACUCCAUGAUGAAUCUUUCAAGGAUUUCUUCAAUUGGUUUGGCCAAUCCGUCGAUGAAGACAAUUUAAUAACAGACAGCCUUUUAAGAGAAUAUACUAAUUUGGAGAAAACUGGUUGUGUUCUUACGGACGAGGAAAUAUUGACGGAAUUGGAGAUUCUGGAGCAGGAUUAUCCCAAUAUUUUAGAGUAUAAAAAUAGCGACGUGGAAGAUUACGAAGAACAAUUGGAGCAAUUGGUGGCAAUCGAGGAGCAGUACGAAAAACUGCUAGCCGAUGCCAAGAAAAGUGAAAACGCUCUAACUAGGGAACUUUCCGAACUGGAAUUGAAAAUAAUCGAUACUGAUUUCAAUUACGGAAAGGUUGCUGCUGAAUGCAACGAGAAGGCUAUAUUUCUACAAGAUAUUCAGACCGACACACAGCAACAAAUUUUCGAGAUGCAUCAGUGCUACAUUCAAACCCAAAAUCCACCUUUGUUCAUCUAUCAGCUACCGAUUGAACAGUUCAACAUGAAAUGUGAUCAGUUUCUCAAGUAUCUGGAAAUGUAUAUUAGGAAGCACUUUUCUGUUCGUAAGUCGAACGAUUUUGAGCACGACUCUGAUCAGGACCAUCGGGAUAUUAUUGUGCAGUUGGAAAGCAUAAAGUCUCGACUUGAUUUAGGUGAAAUGGAACUACUCGAGGUGAAGAAGGAGUACCACGGGUUAAAGAAAAUGAUGGAACGUAUCCACGAUCUCUGCUGGCAGCCGAUGAAAAUUUCUUCCAUGAGGAAACUUUGUGCUGAAUUGACUAGCACAAACGAACAGGACCGGUUACGCAUUGAUGUAUUAAAACAAGAGUUAGAAAUGUACAUUCGACAGUUGAACGAGCUACGAAUUGAAGGCAUUCUAUAUGAAAACAGUAAACUGAAAAUGGAUCGUGCCGUUAGUCGAUUGGAGUACAUCAGGAAAUUGGCAGCCAUUAUUUCAAGCGCUCUUAUGAAUGCAGAAAUGCUGUGGAUUUUUAUGCAGCUUGAUUUGGAAAAAAUCAAAAAUAAAUUUGACAACAGCGAUGAUCUGAACGCGGAGACUCAGCGUUGUUUGAAGCGAAUAGAAACCUUCAAAGCAGUCGACCGCAACAACGCUCAGGAAGAAGCCUACGAUGAGUUUGUGGGACAGUUUUCAUCGCUAUUAGGAUCGAUCAAUUUGAAUCAUUCGGCAAGAGAUCGUUCGAUUAGCUUGAAAAAUUGUAUCCAAGACUUUGCAGACUAUCAGAAUCGGGUCUUUAAAAACGUUCAUUCGGUCGUCAAUGGAAAGUACUACAAGACAAUGGAGGAAACUAUUUCCGAAUUGAAUCAACAUGAGAAAUUGCUUAGAAGAUAUGUAUACGAUGGGCCGGUUAAUGGGCCACAGUUUUUCGACCAGGAGUACCAGGAAAGAAUACAACGAUUGAAUUUUGAAAUCAAUCAAAUCGAGAAGGAGCUAAAGGUGUUGAAAAAUGAUUAUCAGCAGAACAUCAACGAACCGAAGAAUAAUGACAAAUACUGGCGCUACAAGCAGAACCUGUGGGUGUGGUUUUUGACCGAACCGAAGAAGGUGGCAAUUGCCAUAAAGGAAGUCACGGCUGCAGCCUCGCAGAUGGCAGCCUACAAAAGCAUAUCCGGUAUCAAGUGUAAGUCCAUGGCCGAUGAGAUGAAGUACUGACCGGUGCCGGGGUUUGUGCGAGUGUGACACUUCGUCAAGAACAUAAAAUAAAUUCUUUCACGUA